CUCGUUGCGACUGCUGAUUGACUUGUUGGAACCCGAUCACUCACCAGUCAUAUUCGUACUCAUUUUCUCAACAGCCCUCAGGGUCACAGUUCCAGUCACGAUGCAUACCAGUGGCCUGCAAAUUCUCGCUACGGCGUUGACUGCUGUUGGUGUAAAUGGCCACACUCUUUGGUCCCGGCAGGACGCCGACUACCAAGCCCUUGUCUCAUCACUUUCGAGCACCGCCAAGGUGUUCUAUAAGGGAUCUGAUGACUUCAACAAUAGCACGACGCGGUGGUCAAAUUUGGAGAUGCCAACGGUGAACGUGGUCGUGAGGCCUACCACUGAAAACGAUGUUGUCGAGACGGUCAAGUUUGCCAACAAGAAAGGCCUCCCCUUCCUGGCCACAAACAGUGCCCAUGGAGCCAUCACCACACUGGGCAAGAUGAAGAGCGGCAUCCUGUUAUCCCUCGAUGAGCUCACGGGUGUGGAAAUUGCCGCAGAUGGCCAGACGGUGACAGUGGCCGGCGGAACCAAGUCGCAUGUUCUCUCUCACGCGCUUUGGGAUGCUGGCAAGCAGGCAGUCACUGGUGCAUGUGAAUGUGUCUCGUAUCUCGGACCCGGCCUUGGUGGUGGCCACGGAUUCCUCCAGGGCCGCCACGGGCUGAUUGGCGACCAGUUCCGUUCCAUGAACGUUGUGCUCGCCAACGGCACACUCGUGACGAUCAACGAGACCGCGACCCCGGACCUGUGGUGGGCCAUGAACGGCGCGGGCCACAACUUUGGAAUUGUCACCAGCGUCACGUCCCAGAUCUACGAUGUCGAACAUCAAGACUGGGCGCUAGAGCUGAUGAACUUCAGCGGCGACUUGGUGGAGGAAUUGUACGAGGUGACGAACAACGAGAUAUUGAAGAACGGGACACAGCCGGUGGAUUUGAUCAACUGGAGUUACUGGAUGAUGAGCCCGGAUCUUGAUGCCGAGAAACCCAUUGUUCAAAUCCUCCUCAUGCAAGAAGGUGUCACCGCGGUCGAUCCAGCCUAUACCGCCCCAUUCCACGCCCUCGGGCCCCUCUCCAACUCGUCGGAAUCUGGCGUAUACACCGACCUCGCCAAGUUCGUCGGCGUCAGGACCACCGACGGCCCGUGCCAAAAUACCGGCGCCAACAACCCGCGCUUCCCCAUCUACCUCGAGACCUACAACACCACCGCCCAGAAGCUCGCCUUUGAUUUCUUCGCCAACAGCAUUGUGACCAACUCGGCGCUCAGUACCUCAUUGGUCACCUUUGAUGACUAUUCCAUGGAAGGGGUCAAGGCCAAGGCAGAUGAUUCGAGUGCGUAUGCGCACCGCGCUCAGAAUGUGUUGGUCGGGCCGUUGUUGCAGUACAUGCCCGGGGACGCGGCGCUGGACGAGGAGGUUGCGAGGCUAGGGAACGAGUUCCGCCAGAUUCUCCACGAAGGCACAGGACGUGAUUUUGUCCCCGUGUAUCUGAACUAUGCGUUUGGAAAUGAGGGGCCGGAGCAGUGGUAUGGGCAUGAGGAGUGGCGGAUGACUCGCCUGCAGGAAGUGAAGGCGGCGUAUGAUCCCAAUGGCUUGUUUAGCUUUUAUGGACCUAUUGCUUAGGUGAUUUGAGGUGGGGGGAAUGUUAGAUUAUGCAUAG